UUUCUCUCUUUUUUCCAAGUCAAUCUCGCUCUCUUCCCAACCAUGAAUCGGCGCCUGCUCUUGCGCGCAUUGCUGGGAUUUGCGCUGAUUUCGAUGCUCAUCUACCUUCUCACCUAUGCCGGACGACCGCCCACAGAUCAAGUCGUCGUGUACUAUCAAAGACCGACUGACGCGCAGAACCAACAGAACCAACAGCAGCAGCCCCACCACAACCACAACCACAAUCACGACGCCGAGCCAGAGGGCCAGCCAGAGGCCGUCCCGGAGCCAGGCCCAGAUCCAGAAGAGCCGGCAGAAGAGCCGGGAAGUGGUGUCGUCGUGGAGCGUCCCAGCCGAGGCAAGCUGAUUCCCGUCAAGGACAUCCCACUCAAGCCCGCCGUAUCGAAAGACCGGCAUGGCAGUGAGCAGCCUGGAGGGGCAGCAGCAGGAGGAGCGCACGAUCAUCAGCACGAAGCGUCAGAGGACAAGAUUGAGCGUGCGCCAACGCCAACCCAGUCGACCAAGGGCUGGGUCAACAGCCACAUCUUCCAGGGCUCCUGUGGCGCAAAGGUCUACCGAGGCAAGCAGAGCAAGCAGUUCCCGAAUUUCCCGACCGUGCGGCGCAAGCUCAGGUCAAUGGCGGCCAACUUUGAGGACGACUCGUACUUUCAACGCGCGUUCGGCUACCUCGUCCCAAAGACCUCGGGUCGCUACGAGUUUGCCGUCGCGUCCGACGACACGUCCGAGUUUUGGCUCAGCACAGACUUUCGCCCGCGGAACGAACGCCUGCUCUGCUACCUCGGUCGGCCCGAGGACCAGGAGGGCGACAUCUGGACCAAUCCAGGCGAGUACACCAAGUACGCCUCGCAAAUAUCAGAGCCCGUUCAGCUCGAGGCCAAUCGUCCAUACUACAUGGAGUUUUUCCACAAGCAGGGCGGUGGCGGUGUACACGCAUCUGUUGCCUGGCGCUCUGUCGGCCAGCCGAGGUUUGAAGUCAUUCCCGGCGAUGUUUUGAUGGCCCAUCACGAAGAAUCCUCUGAAACUCACUCGGCUGACGAUGGACAUGACCACGGUGCCGCAUCUGCUCCGCCUUCCCACUCUCAUGUUGGUGGCACGCCGAUCGACUCGAUUCUUGUCCCCAAAAUGGACGCGCGCGCCGAUUUUCACAGCGUCCUGCGCGUGCCCUCCAGCGAACUGAGCAGCGCGCUCAGUACGUGCGACUACAAACCGAGCUACACUGUCACUCGCCAAAUGGGUCGCUACGAAGGCAUCACGCGUGUCGGAUUUUCGGAAGUCUUCCCGGAUGAUCAAACCCAGCUGUACGAUGGUCAACGACUGGACGGAGCCAACCUCGUCAUACCGGCAGCUGACGCUCAAUCGGUGGUCAAUGACUACAUUGUGCGUCUCAACCAGGACCGCGCCGACCCUUUCACGCUCAAGCAAAUCGUCAACGUGGUUCGAAAGUUCGACCACGGCCGUGGUGUCACUCGCUUCCUCAUUGAGGUGGAUGUGACGCGAAAGAGCUCGCCCGGCAAGCCAGAACGCAUCUCCGAGUACGUGUUGCGCCCGGCUGGGGGUGCACUGUGCUACCCGCGCCAGUUUGCCUGGAACAAGGAGGCAACUGUGCACAUUGUCAUCCCGGUCAAAAACCAGGUCGCGUGGAUGGCCCAUCUCAUCGAAAACAUGGAAGAGCUUUGGGAUGAGACCGGAGACAACCACCUCAACCUUGUGAUUGUCGACUAUUCGUCAACGGACGGCGACUAUGAAGCCAUGAUGCGCAACAGCCGCAUGAAGAGCUUCACCUUCAUCCGCAAGCCUGGCAACUUUGAACGCGCAGGCGGCCUGCAAGCGGGCAUCGAUUCCAUUACCGAUCCCGAUGCCAUCGUCUUUACCUGCGAUCUGCACCUCGAGAUGCCCGCAACGCUGAUCGACGACAUUCGCAAGUACACGAUCAGCGGCAAGCAAGCCUACGCGCCGCUCGUGGUGCGAUUGGGAUGUGGCUUCACUCCCGAGAAGCCGAACGGCUUCUGGGAGCGACAGGGGUACGGCUUGUUCGCCAUGGCCAAGAAAGACUUUGAUCGCAUCGGUGGUAUGAACACGCGCGAGUUUGGCGACAAAUGGGGCGGCGAAGACUGGGAGAUGGUUGAUCGCGUCAUGUCCGCCGGCUUCGAGGUGGAGCGCUUGCGCCAAGCACGGUUUUACCACUUCUGGCACUCAAAGAAGGGCAUGUGGUCUGGCAAUACUGGGUGAAAAGAAUGGUUUUUUUUUUUCGUUUGUUUGUUUUGUUCGUUCUUGUUGUGGUUGCUGUUGUUGUUGUUGUUGUUGUUGUUGUUGUACGGUCCCGGUGUCCUUUUGUCCUUUUUGUCUUUGCACUUUUAACCUCAUGUAGAGUAUUUGUAAAACCCGUGCGGUCCUUUUGGAUGUAAGAAACUAAUUAAGACACCAUGAAGCGUUUUCAAACGA